AUGGCUGCUGCGGAUACUACAGCUUCAAGCUACUGGUUGAAUUGGAGGGUUCUCCUCUGUGCAUUAAUCCUCUUAGCUCCAUUGCUACUAGCAGCAGUUCUCAUUUGGAGAUACGAAGGGAAAAGAAGAGUACGAGAAGGACGCGAGAGCCGGCGAGAAUUCCCCGGGACAUUGUUCCAAGACGAAGCUUGGAACACAUGUUUUAAAAGAAUCAGCCCUCGCUGGUUGCUUGCUUUGAGAGUAUUCUCAUUUGCUGCAAUGUUGACUCUACUCAUUUCCAAUGUUGUUCGUGAUGGAGGCGGCAUAUUUUACUUCUAUACUCAGUGGACAUUUACUCUUGUCACACUCUACUUUGGGUAUGCUUCGUUGUUAUCUAUUUACGGAUGUUGCAUCUACAAUAAAGAAGCUGGUGGUAACAUGGAGAGUUAUACAAGUAUAGGUGAUGCGGAACAAGGCACUUAUAGACCACCAAUCACUCUUGAUGGGGCGGGAAAUACUUCAAAAUCUUCUGAUACACAUUCAGAAGCACCCGUGCGUGAAACAGCGGGUUUUUGGGUUUACAUCUUUCAGAUCCUUUUCCAAACUUGUGCCGGUGCUGUUGUGCUAACAGAUAUCGUAUUUUGGGCGAUAAUCUAUCCUUUUACUAAAGGUUACAGGCUGAGUUUUCUUGAUGUUUGUAUGCAUUCUCUCAACGCUGUUUUUCUCCUCGGUGACACAUGUUUCAAUUCCUUGCGAUUCCCACUGUUCCGGAUCUCUUACUUUGUGCUUUGGAGCUGCAUUUUCGUGACUUACCAAUGGAUAAUCCAUGCUUUCAAGAACUUAUGGUGGCCAUACCAAUUUCUUGAUCUUUCCUCACCGUACGCACCCUUAUGGUACUUGGGAGUGGCAGUGAUGCAUAUACCGUGCUUCGGCGUGUUUGCUUUGGUGACAAAGGUGAAGAAUUUCUUGCUACAGCGUCACAACUCGUAA